AUCAGAGCCCCCGCGCGCAGCCUCACCCCGCCGCUGCCGCCGCCGCCGCGCCGCUCUCCGGCUCUGGUCGAGAGCGCCCAGCUGGAGCGGGAGGCGGCGCGGCUGCAGCGCCGCGGGGAGGGCCGCGCCGGUUGCCUUCUGCAGCCGCGUCUCCGCUAGCUGGCCCUGCGCCGUCCCUGGGGUACUGUGCAGCUUUAGUCCGGGACUGAAGCUGCCGGCCUUCGCGGGUGCCUGGAUCCGCGUCCCGCCUCAGCGCCCGGAGGACAUGCGGGAGAGAGAAUGAGCCAGAGGGACACGCUGGUGCAUCUGUUUGCCGGGGGAUGUGGUGGUACAGUAGGAGCUAUUCUGACAUGUCCACUGGAAGUUGUAAAAACACGGCUGCAAUCAUCUUCUGUGACGCUUUACAUCUCUGAAGUUCAGUUGAACACCAUGGCUGGAGCCAGUGUCAACCGAGUAGUGUCUCCUGGACCUCUCCAUUGCCUAAAGGUGAUCUUGGAAAAAGAGGGGCCUCGUUCCUUGUUCAGAGGAUUAGGCCCCAAUUUAGUGGGGGUGGCCCCUUCCAGAGCAAUAUACUUUGCUGCUUAUUCAAACUGCAAGGAAAAGUUGAAUGAUAUAUUUGAUCCGGAUUCUACCCAGGUACACAUGAUUUCUGCUGCAAUGGCAGGUUUUACUGCAAUCACAGCGACCAACCCCAUUUGGCUUGUAAAGACUCGGUUACAGCUCGAUGCAAGGAACCGUGGGGAAAAACGAAUGGGCGCUUUUGAAUGUAUUCGUAAAGUGUAUCAGACAGAUGGACUUAAAGGAUUUUAUAGGGGCAUGUCUGCUUCAUAUGCUGGCAUAUCAGAGACUGUUAUCCAUUUUGUUAUUUAUGAAAGUAUUAAGCAAAAACUACUGGAAUAUAAGAUUGCUUCUACAAUGGAAAAUGAUGAAGAGUCUGUAAAAGAAGCAUCAGAUUUUGUGGGAAUGAUGCUAGCUGCUGCCACCUCAAAAACUUGUGCCACAACUAUAGCAUAUCCACAUGAAGUCGUAAGAACAAGACUACGUGAAGAGGGAACAAAAUAUAGAUCUUUUUUUCAGACACUGUCUUUGGUUGUUCAAGAAGAAGGUUAUGGGUCUCUUUACCGUGGUCUAACAACUCAUCUGGUGAGACAGAUUCCAAACACAGCCAUUAUGAUGGCCACCUAUGAAUUAGUGGUCUACCUUCUCAAUGGAUAGCAACUUCAGGCUGCUGUAUACUAUGAAGAGGGAAGACCAAAAGAUGACAGUGGACCAUGCAGUAUCGAAGCCAGCAUGGUGGACAGAAGAAAAUAGUUUGGGAACAUGUAACUAUGCCUAAGGGAAAGUUUGGUUGUAGGAAUUAAAGUAAUCAUAAUAACCGCAUUACUUGGUCUUUUCAGUAAUGUGAAAAAAACCUAGGCUGCCCAAGAAAAAGCCUUUAGAAGCACUACUUCCUCCAAAUUGCCAUUUUCUCUACCAUGUCCAUGGGACAUAGUUGCAUUUCGUUGAUUUAUGGCACAGUAUAGUGUUUAUUCCAUGAGCACUUUUUCAGUCUUCUAAUAAAGCCAUCCAUAAUUAUAUAAAUAUUAUAACUAUCCAAAGAUAGUAUUGACAGUCAUAAAUGUCUUACCUCUGGCUUCUGUGUAAUUUCUGUAAAAUUGUAAAAUAACAAUAAGUGAGAUCCUUAGUAUUGUUUUCACAUUUCCUUGAGAGGAUCUGGAGUAUUUUAAAGUUAAUUAUUUGGCAUUAUUCAUCACUAGUUUUGACAGCUAAUGAAAUAGUACCUAAUAUCUUGUGUAUUUUUAGCUUUAAAAUGUUUUGGUUUCCACUGCUAACAGGAACAUGAUGUUUAGCAUAAUGUGGACCCUUAAAUUGUUUGUUAACAUAUCAAACUCAGUGGUAAUAGUUUGGGACAGAAAAAACCAGUAAAAUGCUGAUUCUUGGCCAUUUCAAUAACUUGAGCGUGUCCUCCGAUCUUUUCUAUCUUUAUGAUACGUGAAUGACUUCAGUUGUCUUUUCAGUGGUUUAUUAGUUAUGGACUUAAAUUAUCAUCUAUCAUACCUAGGUAUUAUUUUCUUAAAGUAGAAAAAAUUUACCACUUCUGAAUCUUUCUUCAUUAGGAAUUUGAACCUUUGAAUUAUUUCCAGAUGAUCAAUAUAAAUUGCAUUUAUUUUGUAGAGAAAAUGGUAAUUUUCAGCUUUGCUGUAAUAGGUUUUUUUUUUUUUUAAGGUGGCAUUAUAAAUAUCUGGGGAAGUAUAAACAUCAAAGAGGGGCCCUUUGCCAUCUGAUCGAACAGGUGGUGAUCCUAAUUGACUUACAAUUUUGUAAAUGAACAAACUGCUUUUGACAAGAAAUGUAUGCUAUCCUAAUUUCUUGAAUGGUAAAUCAUAGAAAGAUUCAAGUUAAUUCAGAUUCAGUGUGCUAACAGGAUAUAGCUUUUACAUUUUGCUGUUGAGUUCACCUGUACCUCUUAAUACUUAAAUGUAUUAUAUGUAUGGCCUUUAUGAAGAUGUUUGCUAUAAUUCUGUUAAGAGACUUUGCUAAUGGAUGUUGCUAUACUGGUGUAUAAAACAUCUACAAUUAAACUCCAGUGUGGUACUCAUUUCAGUAUAGAUGAACUGUACAUUUUGUGCAAUGGCUUUAUCUUAAGAAUGACUCUUUGUGAAUGCACUUUGUGGCCUUUUUUUGGGGGGGGGGGUGGGGUGAGAGUAACAGAGAAUUCCACUUUAGGAUUAUUUUUUUUUAAACAUUGGUCAUGUAUUAGGCAGAAACGGUGUUCAACAAAACAUUUUUCUGGGUCUUAGAUACAGUGUUUUGGAGAUCUUUAAUGACAUAAAUGUUUUACAUAUUCUAUGUACGCUCUACUGCCCCUACCAUAGAAAAUUGUAGCACGUCAUUGCAAGCUUACUCUGUUGUCACCAAUGAAACACAGUGCCCUCUUAAAUUCCUCACCUUCUUAACUCAUUAUAAUCAACAGUAACUGGAUGUUUUUGAGGUGCUUUGAUUGGAAUUUAAAAAUAUUCCAAUCUCUUUGGAGACCAAAGGCAAUUUCAGUUUCAUUACCUUUGGGAUUAUUCAUACCUUUUAUGGUGACUUUUAGCUUUGACAUUUAUUGUAAGAAACAUGCCAAAAAAAAAAAAAAAAGCAACCCAAUAAUAGGGGGUUCUAACUUAAAUCUGUAGAGAAAGUCUCAAUCUAGAGUGUUUGCCUUUUCAGGUGCCACUUAUACUGCCUAAUACAGUGCCAUUUGCCUUGUGAAGAUGCAUAAACAUUAGUUGUGCUGAAUGUAGGACAGACAUUCUCCCUAAUCUUAAUGAUCUCAGUACACCACAGAUGAUUAAGAAUGAUCUGAAAACCAGCAGCUAAGGAACAUCUUCUUAUUUAGCUGUAGCAAAUUCAUAAUAAGUGUCCUUCAAGGAUGAACAUGUAUUCUAUUCUGGUUUGUAUUUAGCAAGUAAAACUUAUGUUGACCUUUAGUGCAUUAUAUUCUGCUAUAGAGUAUUCUCUAUGUACUGGAAGACAAGAUGUUAGAGUCUUUUUUACUCUUUUUUUUUUUUUUUUAAUGUUUUUAUUUAUUUUUUGAGAGAGAUUUACAGAGUGUGAGCAGGGGAGGAGCAGAGAGAGAGGAAGACACAGAAUCUGAGGCAGGCUCCAGGCUCCCAGCUGUCAGCACAGAGCCCAACACGGGGCUCAAACCCACGAACCGUGAGAUCAUGACCUGAGCCAAAGUCGGACGCUCAACCGACUGAGCCACCCAGGCGCCCCAGAUCUUACAGUCUUAGACUUUGUUUCUUUGUACAACAACUGGAAAGGAGCAAUGAAGCUUUUUUUUUUUCCCCCCCCAAAGCACAAUCUGCCAUAGUUUACUUUAUGUGUGAUAGAGAUAAUUUAAAAAAAAAGACUAUAUAUAAAAGUUGUGUAUAAAUUUUGUCUCUGAAACAUUUCUUUGGAGAUUUUUUAAUUGAUGCAAAUGUUUAAAAAAAUGCAUACUUAAAGGAUUGGUUUGUUUUUUUUUUUUUAACUGUUUUCAUCUAUUUUCUAUCAGAUGACUUUUUAUUUCUAGCAUAGAGAUAGGCAGCACUCUUCAGACUGGUCUGUACUUUUAUUAUGCAGUCUUCUCAGAAAAUUGAAUUGAACUUAUUCACGUUAAAGAAGUAGAUACUGAAAGAUAUGCUCAUAGAGCAGCAGAUAGAACUUUGGUACCUGUAGCACAUAGACAGUUUGCUAAAUCUCAAAGUCCAAAUCUGAGAACUACCAACCCUGUGACUGGGGUAUAAUACAGUGCUUUUAAAUCGAGGAAAAAACAAAUACUGUAUCACCAAAGCUUUGUCUUAAUUUUCAUUACGUAUGUAACUUUGUGGAACCAGCCUUCCUAGAUUGGGCCCACAAGUUAUUUAUAACUUUGAAACUAGGAUAGAAUAUUGUUAGAUUAAUUCAUCCAAGCUUUGUCUCCUAAAACCUAAUGCCCGUUGCGGAGUAGCAUUAUUGUAUUAGGACCAGAUUGUUAAAAAUGAUGAGUGUUUACUCUUUUACUGGAGUAUAAACAUGUCAGCAUUUUUAGAUUGUUUGAAAUCACUAAAAUACCAAUUUGAACUUGAAGGAUGUAAGUGCUAGAAAUCAAUCUAUCCCCUUACUCUUCAGCAUUGUUCAUGCCUAUCUUUUGUUGUUUACAUGCUCUUCUGCCAGGACUUUAGUACUGUAGGGACCCCUUUUGGCUUAAUAAAUAUAAUAGAUGAGCCUUUCUGUCUACUGAUCAUGACUUUAACAUUCCUAAGAAUAAAGGUAUUUCUAAAUGAAUUAAAUUAGAAGGAGUUUUAAUUAUAUGAAGGUGUUUAAUACAGUGUGCAUUCUGCCCAUUCAAGUCUCUUCUCCAUCAUCCCCUUACACUUCUUGUUAAUCUAAACACUGCUUUUUAGGCUAUCCCUUUUAGAAACUGAAAAUUCUGGUUUCAGUUUUUACGUUAAAAAACAUUUGAAUGUGUACCCCUCAUAUGUGAACAAUUAUGAUCUAUUAGUCAUAGCUAAAUAAUCAGCUUCAAAGGAGUUGGUAUCUUUUGACCGUUUACGUGAGGUUUGUUAUUCUUGGAUUUUGUGUACAUGGCUGUAAAUUAUGUGCAUUUAUUCUAUUUAUGUUAACUAGCUGAAUUUUAUUUGAAUUAUUAAAUUAAAAAAUUAAAACAUC